AUGGCGAUGUCAACUGUGGGAGAAGGUGGUAUAAAUAUGCUGAAGAGGGUGAAGCCAUAUGUGGCUAUGGUUUUGUUGCAGUUUGGUUAUUCUUGCUCUUCCAUUAUUGCAAAUGCAACUCUUAAGCGUGGAAUGAACCACUUUGUUCUUGUUGUCUUUCGGAACGCUGUUGCUGCUGUUGUUAUCAGUCCUUUUGCACUCUGGUUUGAGAGGAAAAGAAGACCAAAGCUCACUCCGAUUAUCUUCCUCAAGAUAGUUGGACUGGCUAUCAUGGAGCCUGUGAUAGACCAGAACUUCUAUUACAUGGGAAACAAAUUGACCUCUGCAAGCUUCACUUCUUCUUUUUACAAUAUACUACCAGCAGUUACUUUCAUAAUGGCUCUUAUUCUCAGAAUGGAGAACCUGAACCUUAGACGAAGACAUAGCCAAGCAAAACUGGUUGGUACAGUGGUGACAGUAGCAGGUGCAGUUUUGAUGAUAAUAUACAAAGGUCCUAUAGUGAACUCUGUGUGGACAAAGGGAGGAGACCCUCAGAAGGCACAAGGUGUUGAGGUUGGCCAUGGUGGAGGAACCAACCUGCUCUAUGGCACUUUCAUGCUGCUUAUUAGCACUGUGGGAUGGUCUUCCUUCUUGAUAUUACAAAAAAAAACUUUGGAAUCAUAUCCUGUUGAGCUCUCCUUAAGCGUUUGGAUAUGCAGCAUGGGCGUGGUACUAAACACUAUUAUCGUAUUAGCUAUAGAACGUGGAAGAGCCCAGCCCUGGAUUAUUGGAUUUGACUUGAGAUUGUUGAGUGCAUUCUACACUGGCACAAUAUGCUCGGGUGUUGCUUAUUAUGUGCAAGGGAAGGUGAUGAAAGAGAGAGGUCCAGUUUUUGUUACAGCCUUCAACCCUUUCUGCAUGAUCUUCACUUCUGCUAUGGGCUCCUCUAUAUUAGCAGAGGAAAUAUCUCUAGGAAGGAUUCUUGGCGCAAUUACUAUAAUGAUAGGCGUUUAUUCUUUAUUAUGGGGUAAGAGCAAUGAUCAUUUGACUUCAUCAGUCAAUUGUAAUGAAACGAGUAAAGGAGAGACUGAUCAACUACCAAUAUCUGCUUCCAAAGGGACAAAGCCAGAUCUUGCUGAUGACCCCUCCUUCAUCAAGUUGCCAGCUAAGCAGACGGAUUUGUGGAGGAGAAGGAGAUUGAUCUGCGCCGAGCUUUCCACGCCGGGAAAAAGGCGACGGUUUGGGGGAUCGGCAUCCGAUGGAGGUAGAACCGGCGUGGCGAUCUGUCGCUCCGCCGUUACAUGGCCUGGAUUCUUCUUCUUCUUACUCUAUCUCUUUCUAUUCGUCUCGUGGAUGCCUGGAACGGAAGCUGUUUGGAUAAACUUGCCGGCGGGCGGUACGAAGUGCGUUUCGGAAGAGAUCCAACCUAACGUUGUCGUCCUCGCUGAUUACUCUGUAGUUCCCGAGGACUCUAGCACAGAGCACCCACGAUCUCGCCAAGUUUUGGUUAUUGUUGUCAUCAUGGAAUGUGCGAGCUGUUAA